GUCAUAACAAGUAGGAUGAAAUAAUAAUAACAAAUCCUAAAGGAACAUUCUCACGAUGUUCUCUUCGUUGCAAGGUUUCUUCCAACGACAUCGCCGUAAAAUUCUUUACACCGGCAUUGUUUUAGGUGGUGGCUUUGUUCUGGGUAAAAUCGCUCAAUGGAAACUCAACAAUUGGUACGAAACGCAACAGGUGGAACUCCUGGCACAAUCGAAGAAACAGCUUCAUUUCGACGGCAAUCAAAAAACGUGCGCCAUCACGUUGUAUAGCUUGCUGCCAAAUCUACGCGAUGCGAUCUUUGAACUCGCAGAUUCUCAAUCCAUCACGGAGAAGUUAAAGACAAAGCCUGUCGAUAAACUGGUCCUUUGGGAAGAGUUAAAAAUUCUCAGUUUCACACGGACUAUUGCCUCCGUGUAUGCUUCUUCGUUGCUGGCCUUGUUUUUGAGAGUUCAGCUGAAUCUACUAGGGGGAUAUAUGUUUGUGGAUGUCGAAGCCACCAGUACGGUACUUAAUGGUGUUGGUGGAACCUCAGUAGGGGCAGAAGUUGCUCGAAUGAGCGAUCCAAUCCAAAAGAAAUAUCUUGGAAUUGUGAGAUAUUUUCUCGACACAGGUGUUAAGGAGCUUGUUGACGUUAUAAAACAAGUAGUUGAAGAAGUGCUGGGGAAUGUUUCUUUAAAACAAAAGCUCAGUUAUCACGAUGUACAACGCAUGCUUGGUCAAAUACGACAAUGUUUGAAACUUACCUCUCAUCAACCAGUGGAAAAUGGAAAUAAUACCAUUGUGAAGAUAUCAUCUAUUGUCAUCGACCAGGAGAAUACUUUGAUGGACAAAGAUAGCUUCUUUCAACAGUUAGUGAAUGAAACAUCAGAUAUUUUGGAUAGUGAGGAUUUCGGCAUUGUAUACAAUGCCUGUCUUGAUGUUGGAUUUUCGUUCAUCAUGAAGAGACUUUUGUCUUCAUUCAUUAUUGAUCAACAAGAUACACCUACUGAUAUGAUAUGGUCCAUGGAAGAUGAUAUCUGCUCAAUGCAUCUCCCUCUUGCCAAGAUCUGCCCGAUCAUUAAUGGUAGAGCAGAAGAAAUUCUCGCAGAGGAGAAAAACAACUGUCUCCAAGACAUGGAUGCUCUAGAAUGUGUUAAAGAUUUUGCAGCAAACAUUUACGAGGCAUUCAGUUGUAGACCUAAAGCAGGAUAGAGUAUUCAUAAAUUAUCAUAAAUUACCAUAAAUUAUCUCAAUCCACAUAAACCACCCCAAUUCUUAUAAGCCAUGUCUUCUAUUGUGAGCAUUAUUUCUGAAGAUUAAGAUACAAUGCAGCCAGGGGCCUGAUCACAUGAAGCCAAUUGCUGUGGCCCCAAGACUUGAUGACCAAGAGUAGUCUCCAAAGUCUGUACUAUGAAGAAUGCUUUGUUCUGGAAACAAAGUCUCUCCAGUCAGCACGAAGGGAGACUUUGCUUUCCUGCAUUAAGCCCCAAAAUUUAAUAAAUGCAACUGUAAAUUGGAGCUAACUAAAGCAUAAAUACCGCCUUAUGGAAGUCACCAAGAAGGAAGUUCAGAUGUUUUUAGCGAAGACACCCUGCUCAGUCUUUGUCCUUUUUAUUAUCAAUGUCUCUCGCACGUUACUCGUUCAAUCAAUUUCGCAUUGUAUUUAAAAAUAAUUGAUAAUAUAUUAAACACUUAUAUAGUAA